UUUAGGCUGAGCUAUGGUCCAGAACAUCCCCUAUCUAAAUCCGUCUUUGUAACUAAAACUGUAAUCUUUGUUAUUUAUGGCUAAGGAGUAAUGUCAUUAGGGGCAAUGCCAAUGAGGCUGAGGAGGAGUUGCCGGAUUUGCAACGGAAAACAAAUCAAGAGAAGAAGGUAGCCCGGAGGAUUAAUCCACUCCAGACCAUCUAAUAUCAACGGUGCCACAGCAAAAUAUAAAUACGGAACCGAUAGGUCACACGAACAUAAUCACAGAGAUGGCUUCCAGUGCUGGCGUCGUUGUGUUGUUCCCAUUCAUGGCGCAUGGCCAUAUGAAUCCUUGCCUCGACCUCGCUCGCCUUCUCUCCACGCGAUAUCCUUCCCUUUCCUUCAUCCUCCUCACCACCAGCGGCAACUUGCCCCACCUCGCCCGCCGCCAGCUCCCCCCGAGCAUCCGCCCCGUCGGCCUCCCCUUCCGCCCCGCCGACCACGGCCUCCCCCCUGACGCAGACACCACCUUCGCCCUCCCUCAGCAUCUCGUCACCCGCUUCAACCUCGCCGUCCAGGACGCCCUCCCCACCCCCUUCCGCACCUACCUCACCACCCUCCUCGCAGCCAGCUCUCCCCUGCUCUGCCUCAUCACAGACAUGUUUCUCGCCUGGACUGCCCCCAUUGCAGAGGAGCUCGGCGUCUUCCAUGCCACCUUCUACACCUCCGGUCCAUACGCCAUGUCCAUCUAUAAUUCCAUAUGGAUCAAUCUCCCCCAUGCUGAUGGCCGCGACGGCGACGACGACGAGAUCGCCGUCCCAGGCGUGCCCGGAGUCACUGUGCGCCGCUGCAAGUUGGCGCCCAACAUGCGCUCCGCUGAGUCGAUGCCAGACCACCCCAACAGCCGGUUCGUGCGCCACCAGGCGGAGUGCUACCGCCAUUCUCGCGCCUUUCUGUGGAACACUGCGGAGGCCAUCGAGAAACCCUUCCUCGACUUGUGGGCCAAGUCGAACGGGAAACCGGUCUUCGCUGUCGGUCCUCUGUUCGCCGCCGCCGGGGGUCGAGGCACGGUCGUGGACAACAGAGACGUCGCUGCGGAGUGUCUCGCGUGGCUCGACCGCCACUCUCCCCGGUCAGUGGUGUACAUAUCGUUCGGAUCGCAGAACUGGCUGCCACCGGAGGAGGCGGCUGAGUUGGCGGCAGCGUUGGAAAGGCAGGCUAGGCCGUUUCUUUGGGCUGCACCGGCGGUGAACCAAGCGCCGCCACAUGCGGCGAUGAGACAGGGGAUUGGUAUGGUGGCGCGCGGAUGGGUCCCGCAGAGAGCGAUCCUGGGGCACCCAGCGGUGGGAGCGUUCGUGAGCCACGGAGGCUGGAACUCGACUCUGGAGAGCCUUGGGUUCGGAGUUCCCUUGGUGUUCCGGCCGAUAGGAGCGGAGCAGUUCUGCAACGAGAAACUCGUCGUGGAAGUGCUGAGGGCGGGGGUGACAACCGCGGCGGGAGCUGCGGAGGUGCUGGAGGAAGUGAUGGACGACGGGGAACGGGGCAGAGAGGUGAGGCGCAGGAGCAGGGAGAUCGCUGAAGCACUUACGGCGGCCGUAGCGAACGGGAAUGUCGACGGUGGGGUCGGCGAGUCGUUGCGUGCAUUGGAUGAGUUCAUGAGCUUGGCCACUGGUCAACGUUGACUUGUUUAAUCGUUAAUUGUUGAGUUUGCUAAUUAUCACGCAAUUUCCUCGAAUAAAUUAAAUCACGUCCAUUA